AUGCGAAUACUGAACUACCUCAACCUGUCCAGGAACCACCUUGAUGGAGAGAUACCUCCAUCCAUUGCAACGAUGCAGAGCUUGACGGCGGUCGACUUCUCUUAUAACAACUUGUCUGGGCUUGUGCCAGGGACUGGCCAGUUCAGCUACUUCAAUGCCACAUCUUUCGUUGGCAACCCAGGCCUGUGUGGACCAUACCUCGGUCCAUGCAGCGCAGGCAUCGCUGGCACCGACCACACUGCCCAUGGCCAUGGUGGGCUGAGCAAUACGGUCAAGCUGCUCAUUGUCCUUGGCUUGUUGAUUUGCUCCAUUGCAUUUGCUGCUGUGGCAAUUCUGAAGGCUCGGUCAUUGAAGAAAGCUAGUGAAGCGCGAGUAUGGAAACUCACUGCAUUCCAGCGCCUGGACUUCACCAGUGAUGAUGUGCUGGAUUGCUUGAAAGAGGAGAACAUUAUUGGCAAAGGUGGUGCUGGGAUUGUGUAUAAGGGGGCAAUGCCGAAUGGUGAACUUGUAGCUGUGAAGAGACUCCCAGCAAUGGGCCGUGGCUCAUCACAUGAUCAUGGAUUCUCAGCAGAGAUACAAACACUUGGUCGAAUUCGACACCGUCAUAUUGUGCGCCUUCUAGGCUUCUGCUCAAACAAUGAGACUAAUCUGCUGGUUUAUGAGUAUAUGCCCAAUGGCAGCCUUGGGGAGAUGCUCCAUGGCAAGAAAGGGGGGCACCUGCACUGGAAUACCCGAUACAACAUUGCUAUUGAGGCAGCCAAGGGGCUUUGCUACUUGCACCAUGAUUGUUCACCUUUGAUACUUCACCGGGAUGUCAAGUCAAAUAACAUACUUCUUGACUCCAACUUUGAAGCUCAUGUGGCCGACUUUGGGCUAGCAAAAUUCUUGCAGGAUUCUGGGGCAUCUGAAUGCAUGUCCGCCAUCGCAGGCUCAUAUGGCUACAUAGCGCCAGAAUAUGCAUACACACUGAAGGUCGAUGAGAAGAGUGAUGUCUAUAGCUUUGGUGUUGUGCUUCUUGAGCUUGUCACUGGAAGGAAGCCUGUAGGUGAGUUUGGCGAUGGUGUUGACAUUGUCCAAUGGGCAAAGAUGAUGACAGACUCAAGCAAAGAACAAGUGAUGAAGAUCCUGGACCCAAGGCUCUCAACUGUGCCGCUGCACGAGGUGAUGCAUGUCUUCUAUGUUGCAUUGCUCUGCACUGAGGAGCAAAGUGUGCAGCGCCCGACGAUGAGGGAGGUUGUGCAGAUCCUAAGUGAGCUUCCAAAGCCAUCUACCAAGCAAGGAGAGGAGGUUCCAAAUUCCGGUGACGGUUCUGCAUCCAGUCCUCUACAUCCAGCACCAGUUGGGACCAAUGAAGCACCAACCGUCGAAGCGAGAGAUCAGCAGCAGCAAACAAGCUCUCCGUCAUCGCCACCUCCAGAUCUCAUCAGCAUCUGA